AUGAAAACUGACGUGAAAAAAACUCAGCCUGUCUCGGAGAGCAGGAAGAUCAGGAAGCCUCUGAUGGAGAAAAAAAGACGGGCGAGAAUCAACGACAGUCUGGAAACGCUGAAGCAGAUCCUGCUGGAGUCGAAGACCACUCUGAAGGAGUCUAGGGGGAAGAAUGGACAGAGGACAGCCAAGCUGGAGAAGGCUGACAUUUUGGAGAUGACUGUGAGCUACUUGCAACACCUACACACCAAACUGAAGGAAAUCAAGGAACAAAAUUGCCGGGUAAGCAGAGUUCAGAGCAAGGAUAGUUGUGUUACUUUGAUUCCUACGAAGUUGAGCAGUGGUGAAGUGGUGUAUUUCCUUCCUUCGAAUUUGGAGGGUACUCAGAAGAAACAUACCGAGAAAUUGUCGCGGCCGGUGAAGGCUGAGAGUGUCUGGAGACCGUGGUGA